AUCACUAAAACAAGCUCCUCGCAACUAUAAAUUGCUUACCUCUCCUCAAACUCAAUCUCACUCUUCAAAAAGCUCACUUCUCCAUUUCUUCUUGUCUCGAUCGCUGCUGCAUUCACCUUCGUGUAUCACCUCCGAAGCCUAACUCUUCGUUGUAGCCUCCAAAAGAACACAGGAAAAAUGGUUGCCAAUAAAUUGACAGAAAAGACCGAAGUUGUCGAUAACUUGAAAGGAAAAACGGAAGUUGUCGAUACCUUGAAAGAAAAGGUGGUCGCUAUCGAUGAUAAUCUGUCUGCAUGCACACUUGACUACGACAGGAAAGCUGAGCUUAUAGCCUUUGAUGAAACCAAAUCCGGUGUCAAAGGACUUGUAGAUGCUGGCAUAACAGAGGUGCCUCGGAUCUUCCGUCUACCAUCACCUGAAAACCCAAACUCCGACCAAAAGUCGCCACCAGAGCACAGUCUUCCGGUCAUCAACCUUGAAGGAAUCAAGGAAGAUCCGAUCCGGCGAAAGGAGGUGGUGAAGGAAAUCAAGGAUGCGUUAGGGAGUUGGGGGUUCUUUCAAAUGGUGAAUCAUGGAGUUCCGAUUAGCGUAAUGGAGGAGAUGAAAAAAGGAGUUUUAGGGUUUUUUGAACAGGAUAAUGAGGUGAAGAAGCAUUGGUAUACAAGAGACAGCAGUGGGAAAACGAGGGUGGUGUAUAACAGCAAUUUCGACUUGUAUUCUGCUCCGGUGACAAACUGGCGAGACUCUUUCUUGUGCACCAUGUAUCCUAAUCCUCCUCAGCCAGACGAGUUGCCUCCUCAAUGCAGAGAUAUUUUGUUGGAGUACUCAAACCAUGUAAUGAAUCUCGGACGUGCUGUUCUCGAAUUGAUGUCGGAGGCUCUAGGGUUGGACUCAAAUUACCUUUUAGAUAUGGGAUGUGCAGAAGGGCUUUCUAUUGGGAACCAUUACUAUCCUCCUUGCCCACAACCUGAGCUAACGAUUGGCACCCUUGAACACACCGAUGCCGGGUUCAUUACCAUUCUUCAACAAGAUCAUAUCGGUGGCCUUAAGGUCUUUUAUCAGAACGAAUGGACCGAUGUUCCAACCAUACCAGGAGCCUUUGUAGUGAAUGCUGGAGAUCUUUUACAGCUAGUUACAAAUGAUAACUUUGUAAGUUCACGACACAAAGUGAUGGCAAACAAGGCUGGUCCAAGGAUAUCGAUGGCAUCGUUCUUUAUGAGAUACCUGACUGAUACAGGAAAGGUAUUGGGACCAAUCAAGGAGUUGCUUUCCGAAGAUAAUCCAGCCAAGUAUAGAGAAACAACAGAAAAAGAAUUUUCGAGUCACUACCAUCAGAAAGGACUUACUAAAAUUUCCGCUCUUAUGCAUUUCAAGAUCUAGCUCAAUUAUAUGACUUAAAUUGGCUCCAAGAUGAAGGUCUCCUUUUCUCGUUCUACUCGUGGUCACCUAAUCUAUCUUUAAAAUUGUUUCUUUGCAUUACAAUAAAAGUAUUAUGUUUUAAUAAGAAGCUGACAAAAAAAGUUAGUGGCUAUAUUGUACCUAAUUCACUACGUAAUCAAAUGUAAUGACAAACGUUGAACGCUUUUGCGGCUUCAAAAACUCCAAGUAUUGUAAAGGUGAAUUUACUAGUUGGACUUUGGUAUAUUUGUUUA